AUGCAAGAUCUGCGUAAUGACAAGACCAAGCAGAUCUACGUUAUCGCCACUGAGAUCGAGUACGUCACCGAUAUUCGGUCGGCACAAGUGUUUGCUGAGAACGAACGGUUCUCCUAA